AUGUUCAGAAGAGACUUCGCCCACGAGGGAACAGCGCUGCAUGCCAUCCGGGCCAUCCAAGGCGUCCAUGCCAAGGAGGUGGAGGAGCAGCAGCAGCUGCUGCAGUAUUCUGCUGCACAGCGCACGGCUGCUGCCGCUGCUGCCGCUGCUGCUGGGAGUGCCGGCGCUGCAGGUGGUUCCAGUGCUGCACGUGACGAAGGACAGCUGUCCGACGACGACCAAGAUUCAAAUGAGGAUGACAAUGAAGAGGAAGAAAAGAAGUCCUUUAGUAAAAUGCCGCCGCCCGUGUCCAAUAAGUUCUCGGCUCUCAACCUCCUCGAAGGCGAUGACGACGAUUCAAGUGAUGAGGAAGAGGAAGAUUGAAUUAUGAACUGUUAUUAAUUCCAAAGUUUCUUCAAAUUAAAAAUGUGAGCCUUGA